UGCCCUGAGGACCUGAGACCCAUGAAAGAUGGGACCGGCUGCUACGACUACUCAAAGGGGAUUGAUUGCUCAGACGGCUUCAAUGGUGGUUGCGAGCAGCUGUGCCUUCAACAAACUCUCCCUCUCCUGUGGGACCCAACCUCCAGCACCAUCCACAUGUUCUGUGGCUGCGUCGAGGAGUAUAAGAUGGCUCCAGAUGGCAAGUCCUGCCUCCUGUUAUCCGACAUCUGUGAGGGUCCCAAGUGUCUGAAGUCAGAUGUGAACUUCAACGACACGCUCUUUGGAGAAAUGCUUCAUGGCUACAACAACAGGACCCAACACGUCAAUCAAGGGCAGGUCUUCCAGAUGACCUUCAG